AUGUCGAAAAUCUCCGUUGCCGGCGUUCGUACCAACGUCAAGGAGCUCCUUGAGUACUCCAAUGAGACCAAGAAGAGGAACUUCCUCGAGACCGUCGAGCUCCAGAUCGGUCUCAAGAACUACGACCCCCAGCGUGACAAGCGUUUCUCCGGAACCAUCAAGCUUCCUACCGUCCCGCGCCCCAACAUGGCCAUCUGCGUCCUCGGUGACCAGCACGACAUUGACCGUGCUAAGCACCACGGCGUCGACGCCAUGUCCGCUGACGACUUGAAGAAGCUUAACAAGAACAAGAAGCUCAUCAAGAAGCUCGCACGCAAGUACGACGCUUUCGUCUCCUCCGACGCCCUCAUCAAGCAGAUCCCGCGUCUCCUCGGUCCCGGUCUCUCCAAGGCCGGAAAGUUCCCCACGCCCGUCUCCCACGCUGAGGACCUCGCCAACAAGAUCACCGAGGUCAAGUCCACCAUCAAGUUCCAGCUGAAGAAGGUGCUCUGCAUGGGUGUCGCCGUUGGAAACGUUGGCAUGACCGAGGACGAGUUGAUCUCCAACAUCAUGUUGUCGAUCAACUACCUCGUCUCGCUGCUGAAGAAGGGCUGGCAGAACGUUGGUAGCUUGACCAUCAAGGCUACCAUGAGCCCGCCCAGGCGUCUGUACUAG